UGUGUGUGUUGGAGGUUGGGUUUGCUGCUCUUUCUAUUUUCUGCUGCUUCUGUUCCCGCAGCUGCCGGCUGUCAAUCAAACGUACUUUGGCAGAAGGUUAUCAGGCGGAAGGACGAGCGCGCUCCGACAUUUGACAACAUGAAGACUGGACAUGCUGCUGCUGCUGUGUUUCUCCUCUCGCUGCUCCUGCCUGUGUGCUGGUGCAGGAACGAGGAGGAGCGCCUCAUCAACUUCCUGUUCAAGGAGCGCGCCUACAACAAGGAGCUGCGUCCCGUGCAGAGGCAGCAGGACGCCGUGGACGUGUACCUCGCUCUCACCCUCUCCAACCUCAUCUCCUUGAAAGAAGUGGACGAGACGCUGCUCACCAACGUUUGGAUCGACCAUACAUGGACAGACUACCGGCUGACGUGGAACGAGACCGAGUUUGACGGUAUUAACAUGCUCCGCCUCCCGUCCAGCAUGGUGUGGCUUCCAGAGAUCGUGCUGGAAAACAACAACGACGCCCAGUUCCAGGUGGCCUACUACAGCAACGUGCUGGUGGACAGCAGCGGUCUGUGCUACUGGUUGCCUCCCGCCAUCUUCCGCUCCUCCUGCUCCAUCAAUGUCAACUACUUCCCCUUCGACUGGCAGAACUGCACGCUCAAGUUCACCUCGCUCACUUACAACGCCAAGGAGAUCAAAAUGCUCCUGAAGGAGGAGGGCGACGAUACGAGCAAGUGGACAGUGGAGUGGAUCAUCAUCGACCCCGCUGGUUGGACAGAGAACGGCGAGUGGGAGGUGAUCCACCGUCCGGCAAAGAGGAACACCUACAGGCACAUUCCCAUGGAGAGCAACAAGCACCAGGACAUCACCUUCUACCUGAUCAUCAAGCGCAAACCUCUCUUCUACAUCGUCAACAUCAUCAUCCCCUGCGUGCUCAUCUCCUUCCUCGCCUCACUCGUCUACUACCUGCCUGCCGACAGUGGCGAGAAGAUGACCUUGUCCAUCUCGGUGCUGCUCGCUCAGUCUGUCUUCCUGCUGCUGAUCUCUCAAAGGCUGCCGGAAACUUCCAUGUCUGUUCCGCUUAUCGUCAAGUAUCUGAUGUUCAUCAUGGUGCUCGUGACGGUGGUGGUGUUAAACUGCGUGGUGGUCCUCAACCUGCACUUCAGGACCCCGAGUACUCAUGUCAUGUCUGAGUGGACCAAGAGGUUCUUCCUUGAGCGUCUGCCUCGCAUCCUGCGUAUGUCUCGCCCGGCGGAGGCGGAGCCUUACUGGGACGGGGCGUUGCCACGGCGGUCCAGCUCGGCGGGCUACAUCGCCUCGGCCGAGGAGUACUACAGCGUCAAGUCUCGCAGCGACCUCAUGUUCGAGAGGCAGUCGGUGAGACACGGCCUCACCGCCAGACCCACGCACGCCGCAGUGAAAAAGCUGCAGGGGGACGGCGGCGUCACGGACCAGCUGUACGGGGAAAUCAAGCCGGCGGUGGACGGAGCCAACUACAUCAUCAAGCACAUGCGCAACAAGAACGACUACAACGAGGAGAAAGACAACUGGAGCGGCAUCGCUCGCACGGUGGACCGACUCUGUCUCUUUCUGAUCACCCCGGUGAUGACCUUUGGCACCAUCAUCAUCUUCCUCAUGGGCCUUUACAACCACCCUCCGCCUUUGCCUUUCGCUGGAGAUUCCUACAACUACAGAGAGGAAAACCCUCGUCUAAUGUGACACACACACACACACACACACACACACACACACACACACACACACACACACACACACACACACACACACACACACACACGUAUUCUCUUUUCUUUGACUUUUGUGUUGGCUUUUUUUCUGUAACGUGAUGUGAAUAAUGAAAUUAGAUACAUUUAAUUAGAACGACAGGGCGUGCGUGUGCAUUUGUUUUGUAUUUUGGAUGUGACUAAUCACUACAUGUGCCUAACCGGGACAAAAACAAUUCUUGUGAAUUCAGUAAUUAUAUUAUUGUUGAUAUAUUAUAUGCUGUAAUUAUGUACCUGAACUAAACUGCAAAUUGGACAUGUGCUGUGCUUUGUAGGUGAGAAAAACAAGCGCUCCUUUUAUCCUGUAAACUUCUCCCGAGCUCAUUGUAAACGAACAUGGCGUCAACUGUGCGGGACGUCCUCACUGUUUCAGGGGAAGACAUUUUUCGUGCUGUUGGCACCAAAUGUUCAGCAAACAUUCUGCGAGGAAGGGGGAAAAAACAUGAGGCUUAAACCCAUCAAACCUUAUCAGCCAGCAUCGCUACGACUGCGUUUUGAGAAGCUAGUGCUGUUAGGUGUGCACAAACUACAGUUAACCCUAAAUGUAAAAAAUAAUAGAUGUACAGUACAAAGGUUGUGUGUAUUGGUCUUUGGCAGCGGGAAGUUAUCGACUUAAAAAGUGAUGCUUCGGAGUGCAUGAGAAAGUGGAAAUAACAUUUUACAGUAGAAGUACAGUGGAACCUCGACUUACGAACAUUAAAUUGUUUUUGAACAGGGUUUGUAAAUUGAAAAGUUCGUAUAGUGACGCAAAUUUCUCCAUAAAAAAUAUAAAUAUGAAUAAUGCGUUGCAGCUUUGACAUAAGUUCAUAUUUUAGUGAAGGUUUGUACACGUUAUACACAAUAUAAAGUUAAAAGUUAAAGUACAAAUGAUUGUCACACACACACUAGGUGUGGCGAAAUUAUUCUCUGCAUUUGACCCAUCCCCCUUGAUCACCCCCUGGGAGGUGAGGGGAGCAGUGAGCAGCAGUGGUGGCCGCGCCCGGGAAUCAUUUCUGGUGAUUUAACCCCCAAUUCCAACCCUUGAUGCUGAGUGCCAAGCAGGUCCCAUUUUUAUAGUCUUUGGUAUGACUCGGCCGGGAUUUUAACUCACAACCUACCGAUCUCAGGGCGGACACUCUAACCACUAGGCCACUGAGUAAGUGUAUAAAUAUAAUAUAAAUACAAUAUAAAGUGCAAUACAGUACUGUGUAUCAAACAAACAUAACAAAGGGGUGAUAGAUCAACUUUCUAUUCAAUAACAAGCCAAAAAAAACAAGCUCAACUGUGCGCAAUGCGCAGACACUCAGAAGGCACUAUGGCGCCCUCACAAACGAUCACAAAUCACAAAAAUCCUUAACUUUACAAUCAUAUUGUGACAAUAAUAAAUAUUUUAAAAAGUAAAAUCAGGGAGUCAGGGAGGAGAUAACUAGAAGAGAAGCAGCAGACAGGCAGUGUGGGCCGUGUGUGUGCCUUGAAAGAAGCUCCACUGAAUGAGAAAUAAGUCUGCAAUGGCAAUUUUUUUUUCCAGAAAAGUCCGGUCUUAUCACAAUUAGGGCUGCAACUAACGAUUAAUUUGAUAAUUGAUUAAUCUGUCGAUUAUUACUUCGAUUAAUCGAUUAAUAAUCGGAUAAAAGAGACAAACUACAUUUCUAUCCUAUCCAUUAUUUUAUUUAAAAAAAAAAAACGCAAACUGGCUCCAUACUUAUUUUGAUUAUUGUUUCCCAGCUGUUUGUAAAUGUUGCAGUUUAUAAAUAAAGGUUUAUUUAAAAAAAAAGUAUAUAUAUAUAAAAAAAAAUAACGAAUCGAUGACUAAAUUAAUCGGCAACUAUUUUAAUAACCGAUUUUAAUCGAUUUAAUCGAUUAGUUGUUGCAGCCCUAAUCACAAUUAGAACUUGUUGUGGUACGAAGCCUGCUUCGAUGAUUCUUCCAUACUUGUGAACGGCAUUAAUGUACUCCUCGCAAAUAGUCUUUUUUUUUUAACUCUACAACCAUUUCCUCCACCUUUCCACGCUGGUCUGUUGUCUUUUGGUCCUCAUAUUGAGUUAUCUAAGUCAGUGUUUUUCAACCACUGUGUGCCGCGGCACACUAGUGUGGCGUGGGAGAUGAUGUCAUUUCACCUAUUUGGGUUAAAAAUAUUUUUUGCAAAGCAGUAUUUAUAAUGGGCAAAUAAUGUGCCGUUGUUGAGUGUCUGUGCUGUCUAGAGCUCGGCAGAGUAACCGUGUAAUACUCUUCCAUAUCAGUAGGUGGCAGCAGGUAGCUAAUUGCUUUGUCGCAAUCACAAUAUGCAGACGACAGCGGGAGGCAGCGUGCGGGUAAAAAGGUAUCUAAUGUUUAAACUGAAAAAUAAACAAAAGGUGAAUGCCCCUAAAAAAAGGCAUUGAAGCUUAGGGAAGGCUAUGCAGUACGGAACUACAACUGAACUGGCGACAAAGUGAAGAAAAACAGAAUGCUGGACGACAGCAAAGACUUACAGCGUGUGGAGCAGACGGCAUCCACAAAGUACAUCCGUACAUGACAUGACGAUCAACAAUGUCCCCACAAAGAAGGAUAAAAACAACUGAAAUAUUCUUGUUUGCUAAAACAAAGCAGGUGCGGUGAAUAGCGCUUAAAGGAAGACAUGAAACUGCUACAGGAAAAUACCAACAAAACAGGAAAAGCCACCAAAAUAGGAGCGCAAGACAAAAAGUAAAACACUACACACAGGAAAACAGCAAAAAACUCCAAAUAAGUCAGGACGUGAUGUGACAGGUGGUGACAGUACACCUACUUUGAGACAAGAGCUAUAGUGAUGCAUGCUUGGUUAUGCUUUAAAGCAGGGGUCCCCAAACUUUUUGACUCGGGGGCCGCA